UGUCUUUCACCGGAUUAUGUUGGAAGACGGCUGAGGUGUCUGAAUAGAUAAUCGGUGGAAAUCGUAGCGCUACGACGUCAGCGAUCUGCUCCGUAUCGCAGGGAGCGCGGAAACAGGCCCCCGUUGGUUUUUUCUGCGAGUUCCGGGAGAGAAUCAGUGCUUUUUGUGAAUUGAUUGUCCCCCAGUGCGAUAUCAUGGGAAUCAAGUUGGCUAUUUUAUUACUCUGUUUUUUUUCGUCGCAAGCAUUUAUUGGAUCCAGCGCGGCGGAGCCGGAAGUCAAACUUCUGCAUGUGUUGUUCCGUCAUGGAGAUAAGGUGCCCCACAAGGAGUAUCAGAACUACCCGAAUGACCCGUGGGGCAAUCACUCGUAUUUUCCCGUCGAGAAUGGAGGCUUGACAAAUGAAGGAAAACGUCGCGAGUAUAAAAUAGGUGAAAUGUUGCGAGAGCGAUACGAUAAAUUUUUCGGUCCACAUUACACCCCAGAAUUGAUCUACGGGCAGUCAACGGAUCUCUCGAGAACCCAGAUGUCCCUUCAACUCGUCCUCGCGGGGCUGUUUCCGCCGGCACAAGAGCAAACCUGGAAUCCAAGACUGCCGUGGCUACCGGUCUUCACCACGUUCACCCCCAGCGAGCGCGACGGACUGCUCUUCCCUCACCACUGUCCCGAAUACUCAAAGGAAUACAAAAACUUCCUGAGUCAAGAUCACAUCCAGGAAAUGAUACGAAAAUACAAAGAGCCGAUGGAUUAUUUGAGCGUACACACUGGGAAAACUGUUGACAGAACGUCUGCGGUGUAUUAUCUGUAUAAUUUAUUCAAGGAACAGGCUGCGCAAAAUCUCAGUCUCCCGCACUGGGUACACAAAGUUUAUCCAAAUCCCAUGAAAGAGAUCACGGCCCUGGAUUUUCAUCUCAGGUCCUACACGAGGCGACUCAGACGUCUGAACGGAGGUCCUCUCCUGAGGAAAAUAACCGAAAGCAUGCGAGCCCUAAGCUCCGAAAGACUGGAUCCACCCACUAGAAAGGCUUUCUUCUACUCUGCCCACGAGCUGAACGUGGUUUCGAUGGCGCGAACUCUGGGCACCGACGACCCCGUCAUCCCCCUGUACGGCUCAGCAAUAAUAUUCGAGACCCUCCAAGACGAAAGGAAACGCUUCUACGUGAAGGUACUCCUGUGGACCGGAAUUACCGAGCAUCUGGUGAGCCAACGGAUUCCCGGCUGCCCUGAGCUCUGUCCCCUUGACGACUUUCUCGACAUUUUACGGGAGGUAAUACCUAACGAAAAGGAGGGCAACUGUUGGUCACACCACGACAAUGAAAACCAAAAGCAUCGCCGACUAUCCGAGGGCUCAGCCAGCCACAGAGUCUUCGCGGAGUACUCGACUCUCGUGACACUAGUUAUCCUCUCUUUUAUGUUCCAUUAAGGGUGCCAAGUGAAUUUGGCGAUGACCUUGAAAAUUGACAUUCACCAACAAAGUUAUAAUU